CGGAAGUAAAACUGAUAAACAUUAUAUAGAUCUAUGGCCAGCGCCACACCAUUGUAUACGAAUAGGACUAAGUGAGACUCUGCAGUAUCACCGUCAUACAACUUUAGGAAAUAGUGUUGAACUUGAUUAUUCUAAUGUUUCAGGUCAACAGUAAGUUAUAUGAUUGUUUGUGGAGCUUGGGAAUCUUAAUCAGCCAUUGCUGCUGUGACGGGUGAGCCGUACAGAGGAUCCUUGAGGGGUCAUUGGUGUUGACUGCUGGUGCUGGAAGAUGGCGGUGAUACAGAACGGCACCAUGGAGCUAACCGAACAGGACAUACACAGCAUGCAGCACAACCUGGCCCUUGGUACGCUCUUGACCCGAUUCUAUGGUCGCAAGAGACCCGAGCGGAAGUCUUUCGAGGUCAACAUGGAGACCAGGCAGGUUGUAUGGAGGAGGCAGGGAGGACGAACUGAAGGAGCAAUCAACAUCAGAGAAAUCAAAGAAAUCAGACCGGGCAAGGUUUCCAAAGACUUUGAGAAGUGGCCUGAGGAGCAUCGUAGGCACCCAAACAACAUCUGCUUUGUGGUCUUCUAUGGUACAGAGUUCAGGCUGAAGACACUUUCUGUAGCUGCUGUGAAUGCAGAUGAGUAUCACCUUUGGAUAACUGGACUCAAAUGGCUAGCAGAAAACACAGAAAAGGCUAGUUACCCAUUACAAGUCAGGAGGUGGCUACGAAGGGAAUUCUAUGCCAUGGGAAAGAACAAAACAGACACAGUUUCAUUGAGAGACAUGAAGUCAUUUCUUCCAAGAAUUAACCUGAAGAUGAACACUAGAGAACUUAGAGAAAACUUCAAUGAGGCAGACCGAUGGGGUCGGCAAGAGAUACCAUUUGAUGGCCUUCUUCAGCUUUAUAACAACCUGGUUUUCCAACAAGAGGUGGCAGACAGGUUACGUGAAUACUACAAUGACAUGAAUAGAGUAACUUUGAAUGAUUACAUCAGGUUUUUAGCCCAAGAACAGAAGGACCCAGUAGCCAACAACCCGCAUGAAGUUAAACAGUACAUCAAGAAGUAUUUUGCUGACUCUGGGAAACCCCCAGUUGAAAGCGAUAGUGACCUCUCUUUCACGGUGCAAGAAUUUGUAGAUUACCUUUACUCCAAAGACAAUGAGAUAUGGAAUCGUUUCUAUGACAACAUCACAGAUGACAUGGAUAGACCACUAUGCGAUUAUUGGAUUGCCUCUUCUCAUAACACAUACCUUACUGGAGAUCAAGUAUCCAGUGAAUCGUCAGUGGAAGCCUACGCUAGGUGCCUCCGGAUGGGAUGUAGAUGCCUUGAAUUGGACUGUUGGGAUGGACCGGACGGGUUACCAAUCAUCUACCAUGGUCACACCUUGACAACAAAGAUAAGAUUUUAUGAUGUCCUCAAGACGAUCAAGGAACAUGCAUGGAUCACUACAGACUUUCCAAUUAUCUUAUCGAUAGAGAAUCAUUGCUCUCUGCUACAGCAGAGGAACAUGGCUUGCCUCUUCCAAGAAGUCUUUGGAGAGAACUUGCUAACACAGCCAAUAGAUAGGGAUGCCAAUAGUCUUCCUGCCGUCAGCAAGCUGAAGAGGAAGAUCAUUCUUAAACACAAGAAGCUCCCCGAUAAUGGAAACGAGACAUUCACUGUGCCCCAAGAAGACAGUCUAGAUUUUGACUUGAGAAAUUCAACCAAAAAUGGCAUUCUACUUCUUGAGGAUCCAUUAGAUCAAGAAUGGGCUCCUCAUUACUUUGUUCUGACUGACACCAAGCUGUACUACUCAGAAGAGACCAACACCCAGGCCAGUCAGGAUGAUGAUGAUGAUGCUAGCUCCAUUGAACCGGCCACACCCAAUGAAGAGCUUCACUACUCCGAACCCUGGUUUCACGGAAAACUAAACACAAACCCAGACCAGCAGCCCCGCACUGUUGCUGAUGAGCUUCUUACACGAUAUCAGCAAGGCGAUGGAACAUUCCUUGUUCGUGAAAGUGAAACCUUCAAAGGAGACUAUUCCCUUUCAUUCUGGGCACAUAACCAGGUCAAUCACUGCCGUAUCCGCUCCAAGUCCAUCCACGGCAAAACUUGCUAUUAUCUGGUCGAAAACCUCCCGUUCCCGAACCUCUAUACUCUCGUCAACUUCUACCGUGAACGCUCGAUCAAGGGCGGAAACGGCAUCACGGUGAAGUUAAAGGAUACAGUCCCACAGCUGUAUGGCCACGAGAACGCUGAAUGGUUUCACAGUCGACUGAGCAGACAUGAGGCGGAGGACAUGCUAAAGAGGGUUCGUCAGGAUGGUGCGUUUCUUGUCAGAAAGAGCGAGCGAGAGAAUGAUGCUUUCGCCAUCUCGUUCAGAGCGGAUGGGAAGAUCAAGCAUUGUCGUAUCAAGCAAGAGGGUAGGCUCUUUACGAUUGGAAGUGCCCAGUUUGAGAGCCUUGCGGAGCUCUGCAGCUAUUAUCACAAGUACCCCCUCUAUAGGAAGAUGAAAUUAAAGUCUCCUGUCAACCAAGAAGUGGUCGAUAGAGUAGGAGGGGAUUUAGAUCCAGAGGAUGAUCCUAUCUAUGGAACGGGAGGAAUCUACAUGGAUCCAAACCAAUUUGUACCAAAGGUCACUGUAAAAGCAUUAUAUGAUUACAAGGCACAGAGAGAAGAUGAAUUGUCAUUCUGCAAACAUGCCAUUAUCACCAAUGUUGAUAAACAAGACCAUGGAUGGUGGAAAGGGGAUUACGGUGGUAAGAAAAAUAUGUGGUUUCCAUCCAAUUACGUUGAAGAGGUGACAACCCCUGCUACCAAUGACCAGGGACAGAAUGCAACACUCCUAGGUAACCUUCAGAAGGGUGCUAUUGACAUCAAUGGAUGCAGUGUUGAAAUGAUGUUAGGUGUGAGGACAAGACAGCAUUUUGUGUUCAGAAUAAUCUCGCCGACGCAGCGUAACGCGAUGGACGUAGCGGCCACCGACCUAACAGAACUUGAGGACUGGAUGAAAUGCAUACAAGAAGCUUCUGUUAAAGCCACUGUUAUGACAAAGAGUAUCCAGAAUCAUGAACGUAGACUGCGUAUCGCGAGGGAAUUCUCCAGGCUCAUCGUCUACUGCAGAUCUGUUCCAUUCUCAGAAGACAACAUUCCAGGCAAAUACUUUGAGAUGUCGUCCUUCCCUGAAACCAAAGUAGAGCGUUACAUGGUUCCUGGCAAGUCAAAGAUCCUUGUGGAUUACAACAGGAAACAGGUCAGCAGGACCUAUCCUAAAGGUCAACGUAUCGAUUCGUCCAACUAUGACCCCAUCCCAAUCUGGUUCUGCGGUUGUCAGAUGGUCUCUCUGAACUACCAGACUCCAGAUCGUCAUAUGCAGGUGAAUGAGGGCAUGUUUGCACUCAAUGGGAGAUGUGGAUAUGUACUGAAACCAGAAUGCAUGUUUGAUAAGAACUUUGAUUCUUUCGACAAGAGAACACUAUCAAACGUUGAUCCCAUCCAUCUAACCAUUACAAUCAUAGCAGCCCGUCAUUUGCAGAAGACCGGCCGUGGUAUAGCCAGUCCAUUUGUUGAAGUAGAAGUGCUUGGUUCUGACUAUGACAGUGGGAACAAAUACAAGACAAGCACAAAAGCUGAUAAUGGUUUUAAUCCAGUCUUCAAUGAAGUGUGUGAGUUUGAUGUAUCCAACCCAGAUCUAGCCAUGCUAAGGUUUGUCAUCCAGGAUGAAGAUGUCUUUGGUGAACCUAACUUCCUUGGCCAGGCUACCUACCCUCUCAAGGCUAUCAGAACAGGAUAUCGAUCUGUCCAGCUGAAGAACGGGUAUUCUGAAGAGCUGGAACUAGCUACACUCUUGGUCCAUGUUGAUAGGAGGGUCAUAGGCGAAUGUGACGACAGCGACCUUUACGCGUCCAUUCAGAUGUUGAGAGAGAGGACGCAAGAGCUGACUGCUGUGGUCAAUACCAUGGACAGACCAGACAUGGACAAUGGUGCUGGGGGCGGAGAGUCGGACGCGUUCCGUUUGAAGACGGCAGAGCUGAAUAACUGCCAGGAGGCGCUCUUCAAUCUCCAAGAACAGAGAAAGCAACGGGUGGAGAAGAGAAAACUUAGAAAAACAGCAAGCAACAGUCAGAGCCGACUUCCCAGACCUUAAGAUGAAAUCGCAAAAAUCAACAGUAAACUGAUCAUUGAUUUUGAUCCCAUACCAGAAGGUGUUAGAGAGUUCUUAUCUUCAACUGGAAAGUGAAGAAGUUCUUGUGGAAUUCUCUUAUGGCACUGUACUUAUGAAUAUCUACCAAGGGAGCUCACAGGAUUGACAAGAUAUGGUCAUUGGAGGAAUGGAAGCUGCGAAUCUUGGUUCAGUUUGCAUUCACUUUGAUUACAGAUUAUCAGAUGAAUGUCAUCUGUACAUUCUGUGAUGAUUGUGUAGUAUCAAUUGACCAUUAUCUUUGCGUUCAUGUGAUGAUUGCAGAUUAUUAAGUGACUCAUCUGUACAUUCAUGCGAUGAUUGCAGAUAUCUAUUGACUGUUGUCUAUACAAUCAGUUGAUGAUCGCAGAUUAUUGAAUGACUGUCAUCUGUACAUUUACAUGGUCAUGAUUGCAUAUUAUCAAAUGACUUGUCUAUACAUUCAUGUGAUGAUUGCUUAGUGUCAAUCAUAUACAUGUAUGAAUUCAUGAGUGGAAUGCAGAUUCUCAGAUGAAUGUCAGCUAUCCAAUCAUGUGAUGAUUGCAGAGUAUCAAUCAACUGUCAUCUAUAAAAUCGGGUGAUGAUUGCAGAUUAUUUAAUGAUCGUAACCUAUACAUUUAAAAGCUAACGAUUGCAGAUUAUCAGAGGACUUUCAUUUAUGCAAUCAUGCGAUGAUCAUUGCACAGGAGGAUAAUAUUUUGUCUUGUGGACAGAAUUUAAGUGACUAAAUAUAACCUUCUCUGGAGUGUUAUCGUGGAAAUGCAGAGUAUAAUCUCUAAUAUGCUUUUAAUCCGUUGAAGAUUCAUUUUAUUUUCAUACUAUAUAUGCCCAUUGCGGAUGGGUUUGGGAUUUUUUUUAUUGUGAUAGCCACAUGUUGAAUGUAGAUGAUGCAUGUGGGAUAUUUUGGUUUAUGUACAAAAAACUGUCCAACAUCUCGUUGAGUUCAUGUAAAGUCAAGUGGAAUUUACCUAAAUGGAUCAUGUCUAUUAACAUAACUUUUAGUCUUGUUGAAAGAAUUUAAGUUUUCUAUCCUCUCUUCUAUUGAUGUAAAGUCUACCUGAAUGAUCUGUUAAUGUGUAUUGAUCUAUUAGGUUGUAGUCACAUAUUGGCAUUAGACAUUACUGGGACCUGUUUUACAAAGUGUUGUGAUGUAUUUAUAUCAUUCUCAAACCGAGAUUGAUCUCAAAUUGUGUAGUUAAGUAAUAUCAGAUUAGAUCUCAAUCUGUGUUUGAUUUGAAUCAAUCGCAACUCUUUGUAAGACAGUGCUCAUUUCAUUUUUAUGUGUGCAGGAUAACAACUCAUCACCAUGGCAAUGCCAUAUAAAAUAACCAAACAUUUUAUUAUAAAGUCUAUCUCUCUACUAAAAGGAAUUAUAUGAUAUAUAUGUGUAAUGAUACAAUCACAUGUAUGAAAAAAAUAAUCUACAUGAAUCUAAGAGACUCAUGCAAAAAUACCAAGAACAAUUGUUGUAAAUCCAUUAAAUGUUUAUGAUUUGAAGAAGAAAUCUUGAGGGAUUUUGGUACAGGAAAAUUGUUCAAUGUUUUAACCAAAAAUAUUUUUUCUGGGUUGAGUUUGAGUAGAUGUAUUUGUAUUUUGGAUUAUACAAACAUGGUGCAUUUUUUUAUAUGUAGUGUAUGUAAUAGUGGGAAUAUUGUGGUGUAGUGCUUCUGACUUUCGCCUUUCAGUCAGUGUCGUGGGUUCAAAUCCAAGCAAGAUAUUUAUCAAUAUUGUUCUGUACAUGACCAAAGUGCAGUAUGUUAGUCUUUGGCAGGAUUAUCAUUUUCUUGAACACUUGUCUGUCGGGAUAGGCAGCUUGGCUAUAGCCAGAGUAAUAAUCACAAUUAGCGCCUAGAGUACUCUGCAGAGAGGAAGCAGGUGUUUUGCUAUAUAUUAUUAUUUUUUGUAUUUUUAUUUUAGUAAUGAAAAUUUGCAAAAUGCACUGAUUACAGCAUGCAUAAACAUAAUGAAAAGUUAAGUACUUCAAUAAUCAGCAAAAGCUGAGAGAAUAGAUUUAAAUGAGAGUAGAUUACAAUCAAAAUGUCUUUUUCAUAUCCUGAGCCUUGUAUCAAUUCAGUAAUUACAUCACAUAAACAGAAUAUAAUGAUCAUCUAUGAUCAUCUUGUAGAACCUUGAUGUGUGGGAGCAUUGGCGUAGUGGUUGCCUUGUGACCAGAGGGUUGUCUAUUUGAUUCCCACUGCGAUAUACUUUUGCAAGGCAUCAAUCCAUACCUUGCCACUCUCCACACAGGUGUAAAAUGGCUGCCUGAUAUUAUGCGAAGGCCUACUUAGUAUGUUUAACAAUUUGAGUUUUUAUACUCUUGAUAUUUUUUUAUGCACCCCAGGGAAUGUAGAAAGUUUAUACAUUGUGUGUUUGCAAGCCAGAAUAAGAUAACCUGGGUCAUAUAUCUUUAAAGUGCAUAAGUGUUCCAAUGUUUCAAGUGCUCUAUUACAGUGAAAUACUAUUACAUAAUAGAUUUCAUCAAACAAAGAUGGAGCGUUCAAGUCCAGAUCAGGCGUAGUGGAGAGGUGCAAUUAUCGGCCGAUUUUGUUUUGAGUUGACCUUGAAAAUGCUUGAAGUUAACGAGAGGGUUUCCUGAAACUGCUUAGAAAGUGUCGCAGUAAAACAGCCAUAACUUUUGUCAAUGACCUAUUAUUGGAAAGAAGAAUGAUUACUUUGACUGUUCAUCUCGUUCGUUUUGCUGUUUGUGGAGUAAAAGUAUAAAAAAAAUGUCAAAGAACUCUCCAUAAAAAAAUAAAAUAGUAGUCGAAAAAAUCGCUUAAAUUUCACAUUUUCAGUGUAAAUUUCAGUCUGUGGCAUGAAUGAAACUGAGAUAUGUCAGAUACUGUGUGAAAAAUCAAACUCUUUGCGAUUUUCAACACAAGAACACAGACACCGAGUCAACCCAUUGAAAACGAUGUCAUCUCCCAACUUCAGUCCCGUAUACUCACUUUCUUGAGUGUUCUAAAGACGGUGAAGCACAGUCAUUGGCAAUGCCAGUACAGUGCAGUGAAGCUGCCAUGCUAGAGUGGAGUGUGCAAAAUCUCUAUUCAUGUAUCAGACAAAUUGACGAGAAAUUGGUUUUGCAACGCAGGUAUCAGCAAGUUAACCAGCGAAAUGUGACCUUUUGUAAGCUUCAUUUCAUCACUGAUCACAGUCAUCGUGUAUGUCUAUAAAGUAAAAGACAUAAUUAAUAUAGACAAGGAAAUUACUGUGCUUACCUUGUACUUUUUGAAUGCAUGGAAAUACGUACCAUAACAGAAAGGCUAGUGAUUGAUUGCAGGGCUGAGUCCCAUAGGUAAUUGCACUGGUUUCAAUUGUGUAUGAUUAGUGAUAACAAUCCAUUCUAACGUAAUGUGUGAUAGGGUGUGCCUCGUGGUGCGUGGGGGACAAUGAAGUUGGGUUUGCUGGUAUAAAAAACUCCUUGUUAUUUUGUGCCAUAACCCCAAUUCCAUACAUUGAUUUCUCACAAAAUAAGUCUUUUGGCACAGCAAAACUUGGCAUGCAUAUUCGAUAAUAUCUCGUGAAUAUGCACAGUGAAUCUCAUGAAUAUUCAAUGCAAGUUAUAGAUAUGUCUGAAAAAGUUUGAAAGUGCUUUUAGGAGACAACGAAAAUGAAAGUAAGCGAGAAAUUAACACUUUUUGAGAGUUUGAUAUAAUUUUUUCAGGAUUGAAUGAUAUCAUUUUUGAAAAGUCCUGAAAAUCUGAGGAAAUUUCGUUUACAUACAGUGAAAAUACAAGCAAGUGAAUUUUUCAUGAAAAAAUGAACUCUCUCCACAUGUGCGUGAAUGACCGUUAGAAAUUAAAAACAAAUCAGCCGUUUAGGCCGAGUUAAUUGCAUCCGUCCACUGGGCCUGUGAUGAGAUGAUAUCACUAAGCUCUGUAAGGUAUUCAGUAGAACUCAGAUAAAGUGAAUCAUAGUAACAUGAAAAAUAAGUUGCAAACAACUUCAUUUCAUUAUAAUUUUGCACUAACUUCUGACAAGGGAACCCAACCUUUUACAACAAACAACUUAUUUGUAUACAUAACAAGUAAAUUAUGAAACACAUUGUUUAAGUGCGACUCUAAUUCACACUUAAAUCUUUUUUGAAAUAUCCCCCAGUUUACUUAAACUUUCACCUAUCUGCUGCUCUGUUUUGGGGUUUGUUGUUUUUUUAAUUAUAUCUUACCAUUUUCUUGGGUCAUUCGCUUUUAAAUGAAUAUAUAUACAUCUUUGUUUUGUAGCCAUGCAGCCAAAAUGUUUUCUCUAGCUUCUCAAUUGUGCUGUCUCCUCAGAUCCGAUUGACUCUGUUAACAUUGCUGAGCCUUGUUACGCCUUAAAAUAUGAAACGUUUCAUUUUGCAAAGUAUUGGGUAUUCUAUGAGUUGUGAAAUGUUAAUGAAACGUCAUUGUUAUGCAUAUCUGUUUGCCUUAUGAAGUUACCACUAAUAACACAAUUUUUUUUUGCUCUCUCUCUUUCUCUGUCAGUGGUUGAGGAGUUCCAUUAAUACUGGUGAUUGUCAAUUUAAAUGAUUUCAAUAGAGUUCUGCCACCACAUUGCUUUAAAGACCCAGACCUCACCACAAAGUGAAAUUGACAUAUCAUAUACCAAUCGAAGGCUUAUAAAUUACUUAACACAGAAAUGCAAGCUUUAUGCAUUUUUACCAUGUAUUAGCCAAGUAUUUUGUAUAAGAAUAGCUCCAUCUAUUAGGCUUUGAAAGUAGGCUUUCUUGUCCAUGCUUUCACCAGCCUCGAGACCGUUACGUCAUGUUGUGAUUUUAUAGGUUCUAUCACCUAGAUAUAUCAUAAAUAUCUUUUCCUGCAAGCUUGAAUUAAUGGAAUCUACAGCUUUGACUACUUUUUACCAUAUUUAUUUUUCUCUUAUUUGGCACAGCUUUUCAUUUCAGUUGUCAUUUUCACUUUUAGCUCUUAUCUGAGUCUUUAUCCCAAGGAGGUUAAGUGUCUCCUCAAAGAGAUAAUUUAGCAAUUUACCUUUCUCCUGAAUGAAGAAUAUGAUUAUAAAGAGCAAAUUGCACUGCAAAAAAAUGAUCCCAUUUCCAAUGAUGUAUUUUGUGUUGUUCAUGAAUAAAUACUUUUUAAAGUGAGCUAAUUAGUAACACUUUAAACCACUCUUUCAAAUUGCAAAAUUGGCAACUUUUUGUUACAGUUUUGCCAUUAUCAUUCAUUUUAAAUAUUGUUAUAUCCAUAUUGGAAUUUUGAAAUGGAUGGAAAGGAAUAGAAUUUUUUUGCCAAUUUGAGGAUCAAUACCAGAAUGAAGUUUAAAAAGUUUAGCUUUUGAAAGGUGUAUUAUUUCAUAGGUGAAACACAGUAAAACACAGUAUAGACCCACAAAAAGACAGUAAAACACUGUACAGAUGUGGUAUAAACCCAUUAAUAGCAGAAAUACUAGUAUCACAGCAUCGUACUUUAUGAGAGCUGUCUUUUCGCCUUGUUCUCUAAUAUUCAUGUGCAGUAUUUUUUUUACUUUUUUUUAGUAGUUAUAACCUACAUCAAAGUAAAGUCAAUUGACACCUGUGCUGAUGAAUAAACUGUUGUCUAGUAUAAGGUAUACUAUUCUUGUAUGCUAUUCUUCUUCCCAAGCUUUGACCUGUAUUACCUUAAGCUUUAAUUGCAAUAUUUUAUAUGGAUAUGGAUAAAGAGCGAUAACCACAAAGAAAUAAUCAUGUCAACACUUAGUAGGCUUUGGAUGUAUGAUAUUCUUAUAUUUUGUUCAAGUGAUGUUAAUUUGAUUUAAAUGUGACCAAAAUAAUCUAACCAAAUAGUACCUACUUAUCAUAUGUAAGCCAUUCAUUUCAAAAUUAUCUUUUGGUAUAUGUGGAAAUUGAGACAUAUAAUAAAUAUAUGCCGCUGGAAAACAAGA